AUGGCUCCCCUACCAGCUGCCAGGCUGGCCUCCUUCGAACGUCCUUUUACUCACGUCGGGGUGGAUUUUUUUGGUCCAGUGACGGUCAAAAUCGGACGUAGUCACGCUAAGCGUUGGGUGGCACUGUUCACAUGCCUGACGAUCAGAGCAGUGCACCUCGAAAUAGCGUAUAGUUUGAGCACAGAUAGUUGCAUUUCAUGUUUUCGUCGCUUCGUCGGUCGUCGUGGAGCUCCUCUCGAAGUCUAUAGCGACAACGGUACCAACUUUGUAGGAGCGGAAAGGGUACUUAUGCGGCAAAUUAAAAGUGACAUGGCGGAGGCGUUUACAAAUGCUAAUACAAAGUGGCUUUUCAACCCUCCUUCGGCCCCACACAUGGGCGGAGUUUGGGAAAGGAUGGUGCGAUCCGUUAAGGCAGCGAUCGAGAGUAUAGAUACGGGAAGAAAGUUAAAUGAUGAAGGGUUUUUGACGUUGUUAAUUGAAGCAGAGAGCAAUGAAGAAAUUGAAGAUCUGGAAACAUUCCUAGAGUUAAAUGAACGUGACUAUAGUAGAUUACAGUUAACAACAAAAAUGAUCAAAACCAUCGAAAAAUUACAAGCACAGUUUCGUGAAAAGCCAGAAGACUGCAAGGAACAUGAAGAAUGGGUUGAAGAGGUGUCGAAUAACGAUUCGGAAUAUUGUCAGGAAAAUGCAGUCUCCUGGGAUGCUGAUAAUCCUUAUCAUGGCAUUUCACUCGAGGAAGUUAGCAUCUAG